AUGGAGCUCUUUGGAAGCAAGGCGCCGACGGGAUCGUCCGGCGAGCAAAAGGAGGCGCUGAAGCAGCGCGUCACGGCGGAAGUCGCGAUGGCGAAUGCGCAGCAGCUCAUUAGCAAGGCUACCGAGAAGUGCUACAACAAGUGCGUGCCCGCCCCGGGCCAGAGCCUCUCGGGCAAGGAGCAGACCUGCCUCGAGCGCUGCCUCGAGCGCUACUUUGAGGCGUUCAACAUUGUCUCCUCGACUUACGUGCACCGCGUUGCUGCGGAGCGCGCGUCGGGUGCGAUCACUACGGAAUAG